CCCAUUUUCAAGCGGUACAGUCCCGUUAUACUCCGGCGCUCGUAUAGCGGUUACAGAACUGAAGCGGAAAAGGAGAGAAUGCGCACAGGACUUCUUUAAAGAUAGAUGCUUUGAUUUGUAACAUGUGUUUGUUGAUCAGAUGCUGGAUUCCGGUGCUAUUCCUGACAGGUCUCCCCCCAUGCUCGCCCAUCCACGUCUCGGUCCCUGAAGGCAGGAAGUACGCCAUGCUCUUCCAGUCCAUGGUCCUGCCGUGUCACUACUCCAGCAUAUCCACCCAGACGCCCGUGGUCCAAUGGUGGUACAAGUCCUACUGCCGCGACCGGACGCGCGACGCCUUCAGCUUCCCGGAGAGCCUGGGGGUCGGGGGCUCGUCGUCGUCCACCUCGUCCCACCUGGACUGCGCUGACGCCGGCCGCACUGUCCGCGUGGUGGCGUCUGUCACUGGAUCCUCCACCACCCUGGCAGAACACUACAAGGGGAGAGACAUUGCCAUCGUCAACAAGGCCGAUCUGCGUAUCGGGGAGCUCCACUGGGGAGACAGUGGCGUGUACUUCUGUAAGGUGGUUAUCUCUGACGACUUGGAGGGCACCAACGAAGCCUAUGUGGAGCUACUGGUGCUGGGUAAGACAGGUACAGGUGUGUCAGACGACCUCCUGCCUGACUUUGAUGUGAAGAUUAUGCCAGAGUGGGCGUUUGUGGGCUCGGUGGCCCUGGGCGUCAUCCUGUCCAUCGUGCUGUUCGGGGUGUGCUGGUGCCAGUGUUGUCCUCACUCCUGCUGCUGUUACGUGUCCUGUUGGUGCUGUCCAGACACCUGCUGCUGCCCACGUCACUUGUAUGAAGCAGGGAAGGGGUACAGGAGCACCACCUCAUCCCCCCAGAACGCUGUGUACCCCCCUUUCUACGUACCUGGGGUGCCGGCCAUGGUCCCCAUCGCUCCCCCCUCCCUGGUCGACACCAAGAUGAUAUCCGCUCCGCCCUCGGUCUCAGAGGGCAGCGCAGCCGGAGUGCGGCCUGUGUACCGACUACUGUCCUCUCUGGACCAGGACUCUCUGAAGGUGUUGCAGUACGUAGAGAAACAGCUGGCUCACUUCCACCCUGCCAAGCCCCAGAGCCACGACUCCUGCAGUGUCUCCGAGCUGAGUUCUCUCCAUGAAGGGGAUUCAGGGGGAUUCCGUCAGUCCUACCGUCAGGUGCAGAAGAAGGCCCUGCCGGCCAUACCUGACCUCGACCGCGAACUUGAAGACAUUCCGGAGCACCGGCAUCCCUCGGCCUCCUCUCAGAGCCACCGGUCAACACGGUACCAGCACCGCCGGAUCCGGAGUAGUGACGAGGAUCACCACAGUGGUGACAGCAGGUGGAACCCUCGUUCGGAGCACCUGCAGCGUAAAGCCUUCCUGCUGGGUGAGAGGACCGGCUCCCUGGAUGAACUGGAGGAGUUUGCCCACUCCUACAGGCAGAGGAAGGAGGAACUCACUGUCAGGGAUGCCGACCAGGAGUACGAGAGGCUGGAGCUCCGGGAGGUCGAACGCCACCAGGAUCGGCAUCGGGAAUACCAUCCGCCCUCUCACCGGGACGAGGCGCAGAAACGCGGUUGCCGGGACAACGGUGACCGCGGUGACCACAGAGAGACUGGACGCGAAAGAGACCAGCUGAAGGAUCGUCACGGUGACCGACAGGGAGAGCUACGCAGUCCACCGCCCUCGCCCAGGAAGAGACGGGGCACGUGGGACAACGAGUUGGAGCACCGCCCCCCGAAACCUCUUGCGCCUCCCCCCCCUCCUCGCCAGAGCCCACGGGGGCGGGACUAUGAUGACGAACUCCUGAGCAUCAUAUUGGAGCGCAAGGCCAGGCGAGCAGGAACCAGCGACAGUGGGGGCGACAGGGGCAGGGAGGGCGGGAGGGGCGAAGAGGACACACCCUCAGACACGCCCUCUAAGGGUUCUAAGGGCUCCAGGGGCUCUAAGAAGAGCAGCGGCGAGCGUUACCGCAGCCAGUCGCCCGGCAACAGGCUGGUGGAGGUGGCGGUGGACUCACGGGGAGGGGACUCGUUGCCCCCCUACUGUGAGACGGCGUUGGAGCGGUUCCGAGCCCAAGAGCGGCCGUCCUCCUCGUCGCCCCGCCCUUCCGCACACUUGUCCCGCCCCUCCAACGGCGGCUUCGGCCAAAGCCACGCCUUCACCCUGCAACAGGAGAGUGGAGAGGAGAGGGACAAGACCCGGAAAGUGGUAUGGAGGCUCACCUUUACAGAUUUACUGUGAUCCAGGUGAGAAAGGAAUCAGUGAUAGUGUGCCAGAAACAUUUAGUAGACUCUUGAGAACAAAUGAAACACUAUCAACGAGUUCUGUGUAUAUAUAAUUUUUAGCCUACUAUUUGUUCAUUCAUCUUUAUUUAUUCAUUUUUUUCUAAAUGUAUGUUUCACAACAGAUUCAUUCAACAUGUAACUCCAUUUAACUGUAAUCAAUUGCAAUUCACAGGUACAGGUAUUUAAAUAUCAGAUAUCAUUCUAAUACUGAAAAAAAAAAUCUUAUUUCCUGACUAUAUUACAUGUCUAACCAUGGUAAUACAACAGCUCAUAACAAAGCUUUGUUUCAGUUUUCUAAGAGAUGUUGUUUCCUACCAAAGGUGUUAUGGAAAGGUCAGAAAUAGGAUUUGACCUUUGUGCCCAUAACACUUGACUUUACUGACACGACUUCGUUCUAUCAGGCCCCUCUCCCACUAAUGAACAAAGUUGGUCUGAGCCUUUAAGCAGACGGUCUUAUCACUCUUAAACUGGGCUAAAAGAGCACAGCUUGCCUGACUGCUUCACUCUUUACACUUGCGCUUGUCACUGAUUCCAAGCUUUUCUUGCUGUUUUCUUUUAACAGAGCACUCUUCUUAGCAGGGAUUCUCUCAUAGUUUGAUGCCUGGAGAGAAGAGACACUUUGCUCGGUCAACCAGGCUGACUGACCGCAACGCUUCAACAUUCAGGCCCAAGGAGAGAAGGAUACGGUCGUGGUGCAUGUAUUUGUCAUAUUUCACAUGUCUGUGAAUUGGAAAUAUGUUAGUUUACAUGCAUGUCCUAUUGCCAGGGUAUUAGUCACUAUUGAUUGUGACUCCAGUGUUGUCUUUUGUGUUUGAGAAUGUAUGAGGGGGAACAGUGAGUAGCUUCUCCAUCUCUAUUGUUUUGUAUUUGCUCUUGCUGGCUCUUACUCACUAACAAAACACAGCUGAAACUCUCCCUCUUUGUGACGUCGCUGAGUUAUGAUGUCACUGUGGGGUGGGGGGGGGCACUGCCUGCUCCACUACCACUGCUGCCCUGUCACGGUUGUGGGCGGAUGUGUUGGAUAAUGGAUCCCCAGACCACCAUUGUUUAACCCCAGGACCUAUGCGUCAGCGCCGGGAGUGGACAGACAUGCACAGUGUAUCCCUCUUAAUUGUAUCUCCAUACAGCGUUGGUUAUGUCAUUCAUGUCAGUGACAUUAGACCACACCAGUGUUCCUCAACCUCGCCAGUCCCAAGGAUCCCACUGACUGGUGGUUAGAUGCACUCCCAGGUGAUUAACUGCACUCCUACAAAAAGACGAUGCUGCCUAGAACAAUGAAAUGUCCUUGAAUUGUCCCUAUUGAACCCCCCUGUAAAUAACUAAUUUCAGUUUCAUGUUGGUCUGUAUCACUAAUAUAAGAGGGUACUCUUAUCUUCUAUUUGGCCAGUUUUCAUUGGCUAGUCAUCAACCGUCUCUUGUUUUUAGAAGGGUGAAAUGCCAAGUGGUCAUGUCUUUUCAAUACACAGGUUGAAGAACAAGGACCCAAAAGGAAAUCAAGUAUAGUUCCAAUUAGACAAUUUAGAUUUUGAAGAUUUCUCUAUUCCGUUUACAAUGGCUUCACACUCUGCUUCUAUAGCCUGGGUGCCAGGCUUCUUUCUUGCCAGCUCCCUUGACAAUGGACAAAGCAAUGGAGUAAAAAAAAAGCACAUCCUGAUCCUGAACCAGGCUACAGCCUAUCUGUCCUCUCCAGUCCUUUAGUGAUUGUAACGUAAAUGAUUGCGCCUGUGCAACUCAAAGCACUUGAGGGGUUGUUUGUUUGUCUGUGUGAUAAGAUAAGGAAAAUGUGUGGCCAACACAGUUUUUUUUUUUCCAGGCCUUUCCUUAUCAACAGUGUUUAAACCGCUGAACAAACAUUUUUAAUCUCAACAUGUAAAUUAUUGGCCUUCAUACAGAUAUUCUCAACCCAAUAUUGUAUCGUGUGUGUUCAUUCCGUCCAUAGGUUCAUGUAGUAGUGGUGUUCUGUGUCAUUGUCUUCCUGUGGGUUAUUAAUGUGUUUCUGUGUGAUUACAGCCCGUCUCUCUGUCUGUCAAUGACACAGUGUUUUACUUCAGGAUGAGGUCAUAGGCAAAUGUGUCUUUGUCCAUUGUCAACAUGGACGCCUCUUCAAGUGGUCUAGUAAUAGCACAAACACACAGCACCUCAAAACAGACUUGUCUUGGGAACAAGAUGUGUAGUAUGUGUACUCACACACACGUCCAGGUAGAAUGUGGCUGUUUGCUUGCUAGAACGUAGGAUUUGAUCACCGGAUCUACCCGUUAAAUGACGUAAUGCAUGUGUGACUGUAUGUUGCUUUGGAUGAAAAUGUCUGCAAAAUGGCAUAAAGUAUAUUAUAAUAUAAAAUACA